AUGAGCCUGCCGCGGGGCGCGUGGGCCGAGGACGCGCGGGAGCGCGGGGCGCCAGAGCCGGCGUCGGAGCCCGGCGGGUGCGGGUUCGGCGCGGGCUGGCUGGGCGUGUGCUGCGCCGCGCGCCUGCCCGCCGCCUCGCCGCGCUACCUGAUGCCCUCCGCCGAGGAGGAGGAGGAGGACGCGGCCGAGCUGGUGGGCGGCGCGGCGCGGGGCGGCGGGAGCAGCCCCGGCGUGGCGCGCGGGGCAGCGGCGGCAGUGGGUGGCGGGCGGCCGCGGGGCGGCGGCGGACCCGGUCUGCGGGCGCAGGUGAGCGGCGUGCAGAAGCAGCGGCGGCUGGCGGCCAACGCGCGGGAGCGGCGGCGGAUGCACGGGCUGAACCACGCCUUCGACCAGCUGCGCAAUGUCAUCCCCUCCUUCAACAACGACAAGAAGCUCUCCAAGUACGAGACGCUGCAGAUGGCGCAGAUCUACAUCAGCGCCCUAGCCGAGCUGCUGCACAGCCCCGCAGGCACCCCUGACACCCCCGGCAAACCCGAGCACCGCGGGGCUCCCUUCGAGCCGCCCUGCGCUGCCGGGGCCGGGCCGCCGCCGGCACAGCCGCCGGGGCCCCCCAGAGCCUCGCCUCCCGGUCACGGCAGGACUCGCUUUCCCCCUCCGCCGUCAGCGGGUGGGUACUCGGUGCAGCUCGACCCGCUGCACUUCCCCUCCUUUAGCGACGGCGCCCUGCUGGGACAGAGAGCCCCUUCCCCCGCCCUCCUCAUGCCUCAACCCGGGCAGCCGCCGCAGGAGAGGAGCAAAACGUCGCCCCGGUCCCACAGGAGCGACGGGGAGUUCUCCCCCCGCUCCCACUACAGCGACUCGGACGAGGCCAGCUAGGGCAGGGGCGCCGACCCCAGCACCUCCCGGGCGCCCCUCUGGGCACGGACUCCGCCGCGCGGUGGAGCGGCCAUCCAGGAGGCAUCGGCUGCCUUCGGGCACUGUGAGAUGCUCCCGGCUUGU